UAAUCUUCAGUUCAGUGUUCAGUGACGAGUUGGAGAAGGAGGGCGAGUUUCAGGCGGCAGUGCCGUUGGAAAGCGAAAACGGCAAAGCAUAUGGUGCAGUGAGAGCAAACUUAGUGUUUGACGAAAGAUUAACGGUAGACUGGGGUGGAGUGACCAAUUUUCAUGGUCUAAAAGCAAAGAGGAAUACCGGCUUUUGUAAACCCGUAAAGGCUCCAUCCGUUGUUUUUUUGAGCAUCGAAGAUGACCACGAAAAAAAAGCUAAAAGGCACAAAGCAAAAUGUAAAGAACACUAAGCACAUGCCACAAGAACCCCAGUCAGAGCACUCGGAUGACCAGUCUGACCAGAGUAAGGAAUCCGACAUAGACAGCAGUUCGGAUGGAAGUGAUGGAGAGGAAGAGCAGUCAAGCGAAGAAAGUGAUGAUGAGGAGGACGAUCAGUCAAGCGAAGGGAGCGAUUCUGAAGAGGACGAUCACUUGAGCGAAGAAACUGAUGAAGAUCAGUCAAGCGAAGGAAGUGAAGAUGAUGAAGAGGAAGAUCAGUCAAGCGAAGGAAGUGAAGAUGAUGAAGAGGAAGAUCAGUCAAGCGAAGGAAGUGAAGAUGAUGAAGAGGAAGAUCAGUCAAGCGAAGGAAGUGAAGAUGAUGAAGAGGAAGAUCAGUCAAGCGAAGGAAGUGAAGAUGAUGAAGAGGAAGAUCAGUCAAGCGAAGGGAGCGAUUCUGAAGAGGACGAGCAGACAACUGAUGAAGAAGAAUCCGAUCCUAACAGAGAGCAAGACAGCGAGUCUGAGGACGAGGAUGGAGAUGGCGAGAGUAGUGAGGACAGCAGCAGUGAGCCGGAACAGCAAGGCCCUAAGGAGCGCCAAUCACAGAGGAGUGGCCAGCGCUCAAGGCAGAAUCCCAAAGAGUCCAGACGGAAGAAUAACCAAACACAGCAGCACAAACGCUCGUCAAGCAAGCACCAGAAGUCUAAAAGAAAAACUCCAUGUCCGGCAAAUCCUGCGAAGUUGGGGAAAAGAUAUGAUAUUCCAAAACAAAAAGGAACACCGCCACAGUCAACUAAAGAAGCGAAGAAGCCACCAACUCCAAAGACGUCUAGAGAUGCUCGAGGAGAAAAAGUUAAAGCCAAACGAGCAGGAAAGCCUGACCGCAAAGAAGAGAGGACAACAAAAAAGCCGAAAUCUGAAGCAGAAUGUGAAAAGGCAGAAUCUCCAGACAGUGACACGAAGAAAGCGAGUCAGAGAGAAAAGAAGGAUCGAGCAAAAACAGUACGAGGGCAUGGCUAUCGAGGAACUGACACCUAUCACAAGCGGCGCUCGCAAGAAAACAGGAGAAAUAAGCUGGAGAAGCAAGAAAGCUUCCGCACAUGUCCCGAUGACCAAGAAAGACACAGCACUCAACAAGACGAUAAGUGGAUUUCCUAUGACAAUAGUGAAGAACAAGGACAAUGCAACACAGCUACCUCAGAAGACAUAGAAAAAUACUAUUUAGCCAAACCUAGCACCCCUUUCAAUUUAAAAAAACAAAGGUUUAACUACAUACUUGACUUUCAGAAAAUGUGUCAAAUAAAUGUAGUCACCAACACGACACGUAAAAUAAGGAGGCGUCCUCUAGUACAUCUGCAGGAAACUCCAGAUCGAUCUUUCUUACCAGAAGAUUGGCAAGAUAUGCAACCCAAGGAACGCAUGCGCCUUGUGGAUUUAGACCCAAAAUCUGAUGAGUAUAAAAAAGUUGUCAACCUCUUGAAAGACGACACUUACAAGGCUAAAGUCCAAAAAAUUCAGCGGAAUCAGAAUCCAUACUUAUGGAAGGCUUUUCAGCUUAGGAAGGAGGAGAUGAUCACCCAGUAUGGAGAUGAAGCCAGCGUGAAAAUGACAGACCUGUUCCAUGGCACUAGUUCUAAUAUCGUAAGCAAUAUCUGUAAAGAGAACUUUGACUUCCGGCUGCAUGGCGAAAGGACAGGGCACAUCUGGGGAAAGGGUUCUUAUUUUGGUAAUGAUAUUACCUAUUGCUACCGUUACUGUAGUCCUGACACAGCAGGACUGAAAUGCUUGUUUGUUACUAAGGUUCUGGUAGGAACCAUAACAGUUGGUGCUAAAGAUUUAAGAAGGCCUCCUUUGAACCAAGCUACAGGUGCUCUCUUUGACACAACUGUGGAUAAUGAGACACAACCAACCAUUUUUGUAAAGUAUGAUAAACAGGAAUACUAUCCAUAUUAUGUUAUAAGGAUGCUAUAGAGUACUAGCUCUGUUGGUUUUGUAUUCACUAUAUAUGUUACCUCUUCACUACCAAUAAAAUAUAAUGUUUUCA